CUGCAUGGCGCUUCUCACCCUUUUCCUCCUCUUCGCAUUCGUAUCCAUGGCUCCAGCCCGCGUUAAGUGGUCGGAAGUGGUGGGACUUAAGCCGGAUUUGGCCGAGGAGAGGAUUCGGAAAGAUAUGCCUACAGCUAAGUUCCAGGUGCUGAAAGUGGGUCAAGCUGUUACGAUGGAUUUCGUCCCAUGGCGCGUUCGGAUCUUUGUUGAUUCGGCGGGGAACGUUGCCAGAAUCCCCGUAGUUGGGUAAACAAGUAUCGAAUAUCAUGGGAAUUUUUAGUCGCGUGAUAUGAUUAGAAUGAUAUCUAUGAGAUGUAUGCUUAAAUAAAGAACUUGGCAUGCGAUGGGAACUCUUGAAAGGGUAACCACACAUCAAGAUUAGGCUAUGCUCCUUGGAGUGUAUACCUUUUACUGGAAGUUUUGAGCUUGUGUAUGAAUUAGUAAUGUGUAUUGCUUCAGUUUCAAUUUGGUUAUCCGUUGAUAUCAAUGAGUUUUUUUUUAUAUAUAAAUAAUUCGUGUGA